AUGAGCGGGAAAGGAUUGAGGUUAAAAACUGAGCUGGAGAUUCAUGCUGUAUCUUGCCCCGGAGUUUUCUUCCAGUGUAAAGCUCCGGUUCAUUUAUCAAUUUGCUUCCUUGGAUUCCACGUGAAUACAAAACCUUUCCCGCCAUCUUUUCCUUUUCUCUUUCAUGACAGGUUCCUGUUUGAGAAAACCUUUGGAACAUGUUCCACCCUGGAGCAUCUACAAGGAGCGCUCCAAGCAGAAACUGUCUAUAUCGAGCUUCUCCAGGAUCAGGGUAUGCAUCCCAACCUUGUUCUUGCAAGCUUUGAAACUUCAGCUUUGGAAUUGCUCUUUCCCUUCCCUCAGGUUCGAGGACAGAACUGUCCCGGAGUUGAUAUAGACCUUCUAAUGGAACCUACAAGAGAUUUCCCUGGAAUAAUUGCUCCGAAGAUUGAAGCCUCAACUAGUACAAGAAUAGAAGAAACAAGGCACCCAGAGCUAGACCAGACUGAUGACAAUGCUUGUGUUCUACCUUCUUCUCCACCUCCUUUACAUAAACAUCCCCAUCUUCAUCCAGGAACCGACCUGGAGAACAAGGAUUGUGAUUUAAGAAAGAGAGAUCCAUUUGUCUGGAGGAAGAUUGAUGAAGAUUUGAUACAUAGAACUCCUAAAAUCCACACAAUGUAUAACUCUAGACCUAAAAGUGCAGGGGAUGGGAUGGGACGUAGUUUUGAUGGUGAGGAAAAUCAGUUUGAGAGAGGACGACCUAAAGCAAGACAUGGACGACCAAAUAACAGGUCCCAUUCCUUCACAGGAACAUUUCGGGGUACAAGCUGCAAUCAUUCUGGAGAACAAUCCAGACAUCAUUCUCCAGAACAUAAUCAGGAGCAUCAUCCUUGUACACCUAAACAUCACUCUAACCAUGAUAUUGAUAAUGGACACUGCAAUCCUUCUUUCCAUGGACCAGGGAGUGGACAUCCUCCCUCAAACCCUGGUCCUCCUGAUAGAUAUCCUCAAUCUAACCAUGGUCCGUCUCGUCCUCUAACUCCAACACAGCAUGAGACAUUAAACUGUGUACCCAUAGAACAUCCUUGCGGAACUCCGGUGCAUACUGAACCUGGUUCUCCUGGGUGUACUCCUAAACAUGUUAGAUCAAGAUCAUCUCAUUCUCCACCAUGUCGAGAUACAGACAUAGAACAACAUCAUCCUCCAUACCACAACAAAGUUCCAAGGCACCAUCAGCCACAACAACAACAACAACAUAGAGUAGAUCGAAAACAUCAUCAUAGUCAUCAGUCUCAAGGUAUUCAUAUUGAAGCAAACUUUGGUAAAAUUCCUCCUAACAUCUGUAAAGAGGUUUCUAACUGUACUGGGAGAACUGGUGAACAAGGAUGUCACAUCAGUAAAGAGUGUCACAAGCAAUUCAAAUCUCAUUCAAAUGUUCCACAAAACAACUUUUGUUAUGACUGCCAUAAAAUCCAUCAACAUAGCUUUUGUUACAGCAAUACAUGCUGCCAUAGAUGCAGGCAUAGUUGCAAUGGAAGCUGUCAUUGCCAUUCUAUCUGCUCAGCUGAUCAUCAUAAUAGACAUGACUGCCAACACUGUCAUGAUCAUAUCUGCUCUCAACAUUGUGAAAACCAAACUUGCACCCACUGCUAUGAUCCGGAAUGUUGCAAUUCUUGCCUUGGAGUUUGUUCGGGAGUUUGUAAUUGCCACAAAGAAGAAGAGAUCUACAUGUGCAGUGGCAUAUGUGGUGGGAUGUGUGGCUCGUUAUCUGGUAGAUUUACCGGAACAAUCAGGUGGCAGCAGGCUAACCCGGAGACGGGGCGACACCAAUGCACCAAUGGGUGUAGUAGCGUUUAUAAAGCCCACCAUGGUCACAACUCUCAUGACGGACAUACUGGAGAUUGGAAUCAUUCCUGCUCACGUCCAUAUCAUUGUUAAUUGUUAAAAAUAACAAGAAUUUGAUUUAAAAUUCCAAAAUGUGUCUUGCUAUAAACUCAAAGAAAAUUUUGCACUCACGUUACAAGUUUUUCCAAUUGUUUGUAUGAGAAUGAGGGGCAAAAUUGUUGAAUAUUUUUACUCUACAGUUUUAAAAAGGGGGAAUUAAAUGUAUUUUUUUAUUACAGUUUCCAUAUAUAGUAAAAAAAUUGGUUCACUAUGUGGUCAGUGUUUAUAUCAAUGAAGACGACUUUUCCUAUCUAUGUUUUGAUUUCUUAGUUUCUAACAAGCUUUUUUCAAAUUACAAGUUUAAAAUUAAACAAAGAAAAGCUGUUAAUGGACAGCUUCUCUUUGUUUCCAUGUUUCUGUGUAACCAUGCUAAUGAAAGCGUGGCAGAAAUCAUGAAAUUGAAAUUGAAAGUCGUCUUCAUUGAAGUGAUAUUUACGAGGACGACUGUAUUUUUCAUCAACGUGUAGUAAAAAAUGAAUUUCAGACAAAGAUAUCAUGUGUUAUUAAUGUAAUUUAAUAGUAAACUUGCUAAAUAUGACAGAUUGU